UGUAACCACGAUGUCCAUGGCAUUAUUAUCUGAGAGAGUACACAGCAGACACAGGUACUCACAGCAAACACUCAGGUCUCCUUAGAGGAUUCAUCAUGUCAGGUUCACCUGAGAUUGAGGAACUACCAGCAACACAAACCGGGCCCAAAGGUGUGAUCCAUGACUGGAGGAAGUUCAAACUUGAGAGUGAGGACCAUGAAAGGAUCCCUUCAAACAAGAGAGAGCUCCUUAGACAGAUGUCCAACCCCAAAUCCAGCAAUGAUGACAGCCGGGAAAAACUCAACCGUAAGAUGAGCAUUCAGGAGUACGAAAUGAUCCAAGAAGAGGAUGAAAGGUGUCUGCGUAAGUAUCGCAGGCAGUGCAUGCAGGAGAUGCACGAGCGCCUGAGUUUUGGGCCUAAAUUCGAUGCUGUGUUUGAGUUGGAUAGUGGGGAGGCCUUCUUGGAUGUCAUCGAGAAAGAGCACCAUCUGACCCUAGUGGUUGUGCACAUCUAUGAUGACGGGAUCACAGGAUGUGAUUCUCUCAACAACUGCUUGACUUGCCUGGCAGCAGAAUAUUCCACUGUCAAAUUCUGCCGAAUCCGAGCCUCUGCCACAGGAGCGGGCGAGCGUUUUUCAGACAACGUUCUGCCCGCCCUGCUGGUGUACAAGGCUGGAGAGCUGCUGGGCAACUUUAUGUGCAUUACAAAGCAUCUGAAUGAGGAGUUCUUCGCUACGGAUGUGGAGAACUUCCUAAAUGAGUACGGCCUGCUGCCAGAGAAAGAUUUUGCAGCCUGUCCCGUUGAGGAAGAGAAUGUCGACGUGGAAUAAUUGAGGAAAUUCGAAGGGUGGAAGUGAAUUACAUUAGUCAACCUGUCAGACUUGUUUCAGAGAUAGAUUGAGUAUGACGCUCUGACUGGGCCAUGACUUCAACAAACACGCACACCUCAAGGCAUUUACGAACACGUGAUUUAUAGCAUUUAAAUACGUCAUAGCUUUAUCAAAGGCACACAGU